AUGAUUACUGGAACUGCUACAUCGACUGUGACUACUGGUAGCAUGCACAUUCGUUUAAACAGUGAUGCACCCAUAUACUAUAGGCCGUAUAGAUUGUCGUUCAAUGAAAAGCUAAAAGUUCGAGAAAUCAUUGCGGAUCUUUUAUCUAAAGGCAUAAUACGUGAGUCGGAGUCAGCAUACGCGAGUCCUAUACUCUUAAUAAAGAAGAAAGACGGCACUGACCGCAUGUGUGUAGACUUUAGGGCACUGAAUAGAAUCACAAUAAAAGAUAGGUACCCUUUGCCACUAAUUGAGGAUCAUAUUGACCGCUUAGGAAAGGGUAGAUAUUUCACAACCCUAGAUAUGGCUUCUGGUUUUUAUCAGAUCUGCCUGAACGAAGCUUCCAUUCCCCUUACGGGUUUCGUAACACCUGAAGGGCAUUACGAAUAUUUAAAGAUGCCUUUUGGACUGACAAAUGCGCCUGUAGUUUUUCAGCGUAUCAUUAGUGAUACGCUGCGAUCUUUUAUAAAUAAUGGUACGGUAGUAGUGUACAUUGAUGACGUUUUAUUGAUAAGCGAAAGCGUUGAUGCCGGUUUACACAUCGUACGUCAUGUUCUACAGACUUUAACGGAUGCUGGGUUCUCGUUAAAUAUGAAAAAAUGUUCGUUUUUAAACACCGAAGUAGAGUACUUAAGACGCACAAUCACUAACGGUGAGGUUCGUCCAUCUAAAUCUAAAAUAGCGGCAUUAAUAAAUUCUCCGGAACCUAAAAAUGUUCGUCAGGUUAGGCAGUUCUUAGGAUUGGCAGGCUAUUUUAGAAAGUACGUUGAAAAUUAUGCUUUUAAAACCAUGUGUAUUUCGCGAUUAACUAAAAAAGAUGUCGAAUUCAAAUGGGGCGAGGAACAGAAACAAGCUCGUGCUGAUAUCAUUAAGUGCUUAACCAGCGAGCCGGUUCUUGCCAUAUUCAAUCCUACUUUGUUGACCGAGGUCCAUACAGACGCUAGUAGCCAGGGUUACGGUGCAGUCCUAUUACAAAUUCAUAGAGACGGUAGUAAAAGUCUGAUUGCCUACUACAGCCAAGUAACGACUGGGCCGUAG